AUGAGACACAACCAGAGUGCUUGUGUCCUUCCUUUGGUCACCACUGGGGUGAAGCCAGGGAGCACAAAACAGCGCCGUCAGAUCACAAAGUUUGUUGGAACACACAGUAGUGUACGAGUGGUUGAGAGAGAACUUUCCAGAGCAGCCCUGAAAAUCGCACAGCAGCCACUGUCACACCUACGCAAAGAAGAACAAGAUGCCUUCUUCAGCCUCUUGGAGGAUGAUUUGGUACAAGAAUUCCUGUCAAUGGACACAUGCUACAGAAUUUCAGAUAAGUAUCUUCUAGCUAUGGUGCUGACAUACUUCAAACGUGCUGGCCUGCAUAUAAGAGAAUACACACGGAUAAAUCUCUUCACAGCUUUGUACUUAGCUAAUGAUAUGGAAGAAGAUGAAGAAGACUACAAAUAUGAAAUUUUCCCCUGGGCGCUUGGCGAUAACUGGAGGCAGCUGUUUCCGCAGUUCUUGAAAACACGGGAUAGCUUUUGGGCAAGAAUGAAGUACAGAGCAUUUGUUAGUCGGAGAUGCUGUGAUGAGAUAAUGUUGAAAGAGCCCACUCAUUGGGCCUGGUCCCGGGAACGACCCAUCCACCACAGUGGGGCACUGAGGAGUUACCUAAAGAAUGAAAAGGACUUAUUCCCUAGAGGGCCUGGCGUAACACCCCCAAGCUGCCUCCUCUGUGCAUUUGAUUUGAUAGAAGAUGAUGCUGAGGGAUCUCCUCCUGCCAGCAACGUUCCCGCCACUGACCUGUUACCUUUCACGGAGUGGAACCAGGAUUUGAACAACCUUCCUCUAUUGAUGCUGGAUCCAAAGACUAACUACAGCGUGCAGAGACGAUCUGAACGUGCCCUGGACCGGUAA